AUGUUUCUCUUAUUCGUUUUCUUUUCUGCAGGUGAAAUGACAUCGGAUUUCUUUAGAAUUGUAAACGAAGCACGCUCUCAUUCACUCGGCCCAUUCUCACCAUCGUUCAACAUCCAAACGUGCUUAUUGGAAGGCAUGUCCCGGCAUUUGCCACCAGACGCACAUUUGCGUGUUAAUGGAAAGCUUCACAUCUCGUUAACGCGAGUUUAUGAUGGGAAAAGUGUGAUCGUAUCGCAAUUUAAUAGCCGUGAAGAUCUUCUUGAUGCUCUUUUGUGUGCUUGCUUCAUUCCUGGAUUUUCUGGGAUUUUACCACCAAAAUUCCACGGCGUUCGUUACAUGGACGGAGCUUUCUCAGAUAACUUGCCAACACUUGAUGAGAACACAGUCACUGUCAGUCCAUUUGGUGGUGAAUCUGACAUUUGUCCUCGUGAUGACACCGCACAAAUAUUUCAUGUCAACCUCGCCAACACAAGCAUUGAAUUAUCAAAAGAAAAUAUUCAUCGCUUUAUGCGAAUUCUUUUUCCACCAAAGCCAGAAAUUCUUUCGAAUAUGUGUCAGCAAGGAUUCGAUGAUGCGCUUCACUUCCUUCAUCGUAAUCAUCUGAUAAGCUGUACGAGAUGUUUAGCAAUUCAAUCAACAUUCAUUCUUUCGAAUCGAACACCUGAACAUUAUGAUCCGGAAUGUAAAACAUGCUCGUAUCAUCGUGGAACAGCGCUUGAUGAUAAUUCAAUGCCUGACACAGUUCUCAUUGCCAUGGAGAAGUACAUUAUGAAGAAAUCAAACAAAGGAAUGCUCAGAUGGUUCCAACAACCCGCACUUUAUCUUCUCAGAACGUUCUCAAUUCCCGCUAUAAUGCCAGUUGACUUUGUGUACGCAUCACUCACCAAAAUUUUGGCAUCUGCACCGACAGUCAAGAACACUGUUUGGGGACUCACAAGAUUCGUUUUGGAUAAUCUUCAUCAACUUUUGAUUCCACGACAAGAUAGCUUCCUUGAAAUGGACGGAUUUUCAGAUAAGAUUAAAUCAAUGUACGAGGAAGAUCCAAUUUUGAAGCAAUUUCAAAAUGUUGGUCAUCGUCGUUCAAUUGUUGAUCUCUCAACGGCAAGUGACAAUGAUGAGCCACCAAACUUUGAGAUUCGAGGUAAUAUUUUAUCGAGAAGAAACAGCGCGGUUCCUUCAGUUGCAAGUUCACAUCACAAUGCUAUGUCAUCACAUAGUAUUAGCUCACAUGACGAAGUGAAUAAAUUGGAUCAUGUGGCAACAAAUGCAGCUCAUCAUGACACUCUUUACUCGUAUCAUUAUUUGGAUGAAACUGAUAAAACUAUGAAGUUCACCAAAAUCUUAGACGUUACCGACGACGAAGAGUUGACAAAUCAACAAGAGCUCCACCAAGAUCAAAAUCUCAAUGAAAAUCAUGACAAUCCAAUGAUAAAUCGAUUCGAUUUUGAAGAUGUUGAUGAAGAGCAAGACAUGAUUGAACACGACAUUGCAGUUCUUUUACCAGAAUCAAAAGAAAUGAUGACUGAUUGGAUGUGCGCAGAGAUUAAAGUCGAUGAGAUUGUUAGUGAUGCCUUGGAGCAUGAUGAUAAUCUCUUGAAUUCAUCACAAACACACAGCUCAUCAUCAAUUGAAUCAAUGGACUCAUUUUAUAAGCCAGAAGCUGAUCAAAGUGAACAUGAACAAAUUUUAACUGAACAAAUCGUCAACGCUUUAAGACGUGAAAUCAAAGAAAAGUUAACCGACAAUCAAAUGUGUCAGAACUGAAAAUUUUCUUUUAAUUAAUUACCUUAAGCUACCUCACUUUACUCGAAAUCUUCGCGUUUUUAUUUUCAUUUCAAUCAAUCAAUCAAACAUGUAUUGCUGAUGAUAGCUAAUUAUUUAGUUCGAAUUUAUUUUUUGUUUGAUUUUAAAGAAUUAAGAAAAAGUUUUCCACAAGCUUUUGACAGAUCAUCACUUUCAACAAGUUUUUGCUUCUUUUCUUCCAUAUUUAAGAUUAAGACAUAAAAAAGAUAAAUAAGUUUAAAGAAAUCGACUUUAAAGUCACAUAAAAAAUGAUACCGAAGUGUACUUGUGAUAGAAAAUGUAGGAAAAUAAGAAUAAUUGACAAUUUAAUUCGCCAUGAGCAAUUAUCAAGAAAAAAAGAGAGAAAAAUUCUUAUUUUGUUACAAAAGUAAAGAAAAAUAUUUAAAAGUUGUUUAAUUGGAGAAAGUUUGUUGUGUCUUCAUUCAUACAGACAAUAAUUGAAGGAAGAAAAAUCAGGAGAAAAGUUCUGAUCAUUUAAAUUACUUUUUAAAAUUAUGAAACAUUAACCAGAACGAAACUUUCAAUGGUUAGCUACAUCAUCAAGUUGAUAAUCUUCACAACUCUAUUAAAAAUGAAACUUUGAUAUUAUUAAGAGUAAUAAAAAUUUAUUUUUAAAGUGUACGAAUUAUAUUUUUAUGAUAUAAUAAAAGAAGCUAAAAUUCAUUUUAAU